GGAUAUGACAUUUUGCGGCUUCAUGCAAGAUAACUGAUGGUUUUGCUGUUUCGUAUUCCUCGUUGAUGAGGUAUUUACGUGUAUGAAUUUGGACAAAUAAGAAUUCUUAAUUAGUUCUCAGGAAAAUUUUCAGAUCUAAACAGCAAGGACGAAGAUGGCUUUCAACUUUUCAGCCUUCAGCUACAUCGUUGCAUUGAUAAUCGAUGCGUUUUUGAUUUUCUUCUCGAUUUUUCACGUGAUUGCGUUCGAUGAGCUAAAAACGGAUUAUAAAAACCCUAUCGAUCAAUGCAAUUCGUUGAAUCCGCUGGUCAUUCCGGAAUACGCACUGCAUUUAUUGUUCAAUCUACUGUUCCUGUUCUCUGGCGAAUGGUUCUCUCUGGCCCUUAACGUACCGCUGAUUGCAUAUCACAUAUGGAGAUACAAAAAUCGUCCUGUUAUGUCCGGCCCAGGUCUAUAUGAUCCCACAAGUAUCAUGAAUGCUGAUGUGCUGGCCAAAUGUCAGCGUGAGGGCUGGAUCAAAUUAGCAGUAUAUUUGCUUUCCUUUUUCUAUUACUUGUAUGGUAUGAUUUAUUCUCUCAUAUCUACGUAAAUAGCAAAAAGGAGGAAAAAUGGAAUACUCUACCAAACACUACCCGAAUCAGGACGACCGAAAUAAGCCGUAAAAGCAUGAGCAGUUUAACAACAAACAACUGGGAGACACCGACCAAUAACGAUCAAAAAUAUGAUUCCAUCCUAGUCGUUCUAUUACUCUACAUAGGCAGCAGAUUUUCGGUUACUUCACGACAUAUUUGAAUUUUUGAGCGCUGGAACAAUAACGAGUAUCAUUGAAACAUUAUUUAUUUGUAAAAUCUCGAUUUCAUCAUACAGAGACCAAAAUCUGAACAUCAUUAGUACUUGGUUUAUUGUUGAUUUUUCAUUACCUUUUAGAGUGUAAGUGAUAUUAAGUUAUAGGAAAUACAUAGUCAGGGAGUAAUGUAGAAAAACUACGUAAA